AUGUUCCCUCCGGAAUUAUCUCUUUUGAUCUCUUCAGUCAUGGGACUGGUCUUGGCAAUCCCUUCUAACACUUGUAUUGUGAUGGGUAAUCUGGAGAUCGUCAGAAAGAAAGGGAAGUUGAGUCCCUCCGAUGUGAUCUUUCUGGGGAAGGGAAUUCUGAAUAUUCUCCUCCAGUGUGUGAUGAGCCUACAGGCAAUGAUCUUUGCACUUUACUCUUCAGUCUUAUACAUUAGAGAAGUACGGGUGUUCUUGAACACAUUCAUUUACUUCCUAAUAUACUACAGCUUCUGGUUGACCUUCUGGCUCUCGGCUCAUUACUGUACCAGCAUCACCAAUCUCAGCUAUGGGUUCUUCAUCUGGAUAAAGAGAAUUGUGUCCAAUUUCCUGAGUCACCUUCUACUCCUGACAGCACUUGGGAUGUUCCCUGUGAGUGUUCUGUAUAAUUGGGCUGUUGAGUGGGAAAGUCAUAUCCAAUCAUCAGAGAACACUACAGAAGACUCUAUUUAUGCAACUUACCAUGUAAUUGUUUCCUAUUUUGUGCCUAUAAACACCCUAGGCUGCAUUCUUCCAUUCUGCCUUAGUCUUCUGUGUCUGGUCCUCACUUUCUCCUUUCUGCUCAGACACGUCUGGAGGGUGAAGAAUAACGACUCGGGAUCAACACGUCCAAAUCUUCAGGCUCAUGUCACGGCACUGAGGACAAUCUCCUUCUUACUUCUCAUGUUCAUAUUCUUCUGCGUGUCUCCGGUUCUUCUGUUUAUUCACAAAUCCUCAAAUAUCACAGAAUUUAUUCCUAUAAUCAGUUGGAUUUCACGAAUAUUAUCCCCAUCGGUGGAGGCCGCCAUCAUCUUCCAGGCCAGCAACAAGCUGAGAAGGAUCAUUCUGAGAAGAUUCUGGGCCAGAAGCCGGAGGAACACAGAGACUUAA